AGAGAAACGAAAACCAGAGUUUCCAGGCAAUGCGACAACUACAAUCGCGUGAUUAUAAACUUGAGCGUAAAAAGAAGAAAAAGAAGAAAAUGCCCAAAUCCGAGCCAAUAUUACAUUCAAGCAGUUUAGAAUCAGAUAUUAGUCCUGCAUCUCCUUCUAGACCUGAUUCAGGGUCUUUUAUUAAUACUCCAAUGACCAGAUUAUCUCCUGGCGAAUCUUCCAAAUCUUCAAGCUCUAGAAAAUCACAUGCUUCCACUGGGAGAUCAGAAACUUCUAUGAUUAAGAAAAAAAAUGAACGUGGACCAUUGAGGGUUUCUAUAAAUGAAACAGCUGAACUCAUUGAAGACCAUGAUGAUAUUGAGGAUAGAUAUAUGAGCAGCCAUUGUGAUGAUCACAAUGCUGCUAAUCCGUGCAAUAAUGACAAUGCUCAAAACUACGAUUCUGAUGCUUGUGACGAAAAUAAGUAG